CUGUGCAGGAUGCUGCUGCUGCUGUUUGGAGCUCUGUUAGUCGGAGGUUAUUUUCUUCUCCAUAUGACUUAUCUCAAGCUGCCCAGAUGUAAAAGCGCCGUGAAGUUACACGGAAAAACCGUCAUCGUGACCGGAGCGAACACUGGCAUUGGCAAGACCACAGCACUGGACCUGGCCAGGAGGGGGGCAAGGGUGAUCCUGGCCUGCCGGGACAGGCGGCGAGCCGAGGCUGCUCUCCAGGAAAUCAUCCGGGAGUCGGGGAACAGUCAGGUGAUCUUCAUGCAGCUCGACCUGGCCAGUCUGAAGUCAGUUCGCUCCUUCGCAGAAAACUUCCUCCAGUCUGAAUCCAGACUGGAUCUGCUCAUCAACAACGCUGGUCUGAUGAAUAGCGGGAAGACGGAGGACGGCUUCGGGAUGAUCUUCGGCGUCAAUCACCUGGGUCACUUCCUGUUGACGGUGUUGCUUCUGGACCGGCUGAAGGCGAGCGGGCCGAGCCGCGUGGUGACCGUUGCCUCCAAAGCCUUCGAGAUGGGGAAGUUGGAUUUCAACCGUCUGACGACUCACAGAGAUUUGGCUUCGGGCAGCAACAACUUUCAGCUCUUCAAGAAGUACAGCAGCAGCAAACUGUGCAACAUCCUCUUCACCUACAAGCUCGCCAAGAGGCUGCAGGGCACCGACGUCACCUGCUACAGCCUCCAUCCUGGAGUCAUAAAUACAGAGAUCGGUCGUUAUACCGGAUUUUGGUGGAGGCUGUGCCAGGCACCCAUCAGCUUCCUCUUCUUUGUGGAUGCUGAGUCCGGAGCUCAGACCACGCUCCACUGUGCCCUGAAGCAAGGCAUCGAGCAUCUCAGCGGCCACUACUUCACCCACUGCGCGCCGCUGCUGAACAUCGAGGCGAAGGCGAGAGACGACGCUGCUGCCAAGAAGCUGUGGGAGCUCAGUGAGAGUUUCUGCGGUUUGUCCUAAAAACCAAACCUGUCAAACUGAAAAUCCAAGCUUUGUUUUAAUCCCCAAGUGAUUAUAUUUAUAUACGAGUCCCCCAAUGAGUGUCCCUGAAUGCAUCACCAUGGAGUUUAAAACAGUUUCAGCUCUCAACUGUAUUAAUACCACAUGAAGAUAAUGACAUGUUGACAAUACAGUGAAAGUGAAUAAAUGUUUACAGUAUGUGAUUUGAGUUAAAGCUG